UUUAAUGCGUAUGGCCUGCCGAAAAACUCAGAAGAAGAACAAGCUAACAUCGGGUUGUGCUAACGUCUCUCUGGCUGUGUUUAGUACAUUUUCUGUGGAGACAGAAUGGCUGAGAAGAAGCUUCACGGAGACUUUAGUAGAAACAUACUGAACUGAGGUUCCUGCUCGGGAUAUAGAAGCUCCAGACUUCACGAGGGAGGAUAUGAUAUAGCAGUAAUGGGUCCGAGGAAGAAGUCUAAUAAAUUCCACGCUUUGGUGGGCAGCAGUGGAGACGAUCUUGUCCAAAGACUCAGUGAGCCCAAGGACUACAUCAAUGAGCUGUCCCAUGAAGUCCUCUGUCAUAUAUUCAGGUACCUGCCCAUGAAGGAUAUCAUGUGUAUGGAAUGUUUAUCUAGAAAGCUUCGAGAAGCAGUAACUCUGUACCUGCGAGUGGUCAAGGUGGUGGACCUGUGUGCUGGUCACUGGUGGGAGUAUAUGCCUUCAGGCUUUACAGAUAGCAGCUUUUUGCUCCUUUUGAAGAAGAUGCCAGAUCUGGAGCAGCUGUAUGGUCUCCACCCACGAUACCUGGAAAGGAGACGAAUCCGUGGUUUUGAGGCGUUCAGUAUUCCAGGAGUCCUGGAGGCUCUGCAAGCCUGCCCAAAUCUGCUGGGCGUUGAGACUUCCCACCUGGAACUGGUGGAAGCCAUUUGGAACUAUAUGCCCCAGGUUCACAUUCUCGGAAAGUUCCGCAACCGUAACGGGGCUUUUCCCAUUCCCGCUGAGAACAAACUCACCAUCCCCAUAAAUGCCAAGAUCCAGACCCUCCAUCUGGUGGGUGUGAAUGUUCCCGAGAUCCCCUGUGUGUCCAUGCUGCGGCACCUUUACCUGAAGUGGGUCCGCCUUACCAAACCACAGCCUUUUAAGGACUUUCUGUGUGUGAGCCUAAGGACCUUUGUUAUGCGCAACUGUGCAGGGCCGACCAACUCUCUCAAAUACGUUCCCCUGAUUACUGGCUUGGCUUCAGCCCGGAACCUCGAGCAGCUGGAGCUGGUACGAGUUCCCUUCUUGGGAGGGCUGAUCCAGCACGUCGUGGAGGAUAGCUGGAGAUCAGGAGGAUUUCGGAACCUCCACACCAUUGCGUUUGGAGCCUGUAAGAAUGCCCUGGAGGUGGACUUGGGCUACCUCAUCAUAACUGCUGCUCGCAGGCUUCACGAGCUGCGUAUCCAGCCUUCACUGACGAAAGAUGGAGUCUUCUCAGCUCUCAAGAUGGCUGAACUGGAGUUUCCCCAGUUUGAGACUCUUCAUCUGGGUUAUGUGGAUGAGUUUCUGCUGCAGUGUAAAAUGAGCCAUUCAGAGCUGGUGAAAUACGGGCUGGCGGAUGUUAUCGAGAACCCGGGAAUCAUCACUGAUAUUGGGAUAAAGGUGGUGAAUGAGGUGUUCACCAAUAUUAAAUACCUGCUAAUCUACAACUGUCCUCACCUCCACAACCCUCACCACUGGAUUACUGAUCAGUCCAGAUGGAGUCGUCUGGUUGAUCUCACUCUGGUUCGCUGUCACGCCAUCAAACUGGAGUCUUUUUCCCAGUUUGUAGAGUUGCUGCCCAGUCUGGAGUUUAUCUGUCUGGACCAAAUGUUUCGAGAACCACCCAAGGGCUGUGCCAGGGUGGGUCUGAGUGCAGGAACUGGGAUCGGUGUUUCCUCAGCACUGGUCAGCAACCAGAACUCAAACAAUGACAAUGAAGACCACCAUCACCACAAUGAGGCAAACAUGCCUCCUCCACCCAUCAACAACAUAAACAACCAACGGCGGCGGCAGCAGCAGCAACACAAUGCACCAGCAGAAGUAAAUGGAAUGGAGGAAGAAGAUGAAGAGGAUGAAGACGAGGAGGAGAACAUGGACGUUGAGCCUCAGAUCGAGCUGAAAGAAGCCGAGGUUGAAGAAGGCGACGUGGCUCCGGGGCCCAGUCACCAGGCUACAGCAUCACAGCCGCCUGAUGAGGAACAAGCAGGUCCCAGUGGUUUAGUCCAGCAGUGCAGAUCAGCUUGUGCCAACGUACCCAAACCUUCACAGGUCAUCUCGGACUCAGACAGCGAGGAAGAGGAAGGCCUUGUUUCCAGGUUAAUGCCACCUUCAUGUUUGGAGCAGCCGGCCUCAUGUACAAAAGGUAAAGGAAAGACUCCGCUGAGGAGGGGCAACAAUGUGGCUAUAUCCAUGGCAGUCUCUGAUCAGCCAAAGGCUCAUGCUGCAGAGAACAGCUGUGAGAAGAGCUGCCAGGUGACCAGUGAACAGAUUAAGGCAGAUAUGAAGGCUGCUACUGAGAGCAGCAGGAGGAGCAGCGGUAAAGGAGUUACUACUGAGGCUGCGGAGGCCACGACAAGGCCAGGAGCUAGUGGGACAUCAGAGGAUACUCCAGCAUCAAGGACUGGAGUAAGGACAAUGACCGGCUCAUUGGUCAGAGUUGGACCUGCAGGAGCCACAUCGGGCCAUGCGGGUGGAUGUAGGAGGGUGGUGAUGGAUGCCACCCAUGGAACAGCCACUGACAGAGCUGCAGGAAGUGGCAGAGAGGGCGCAGAGCGACCCUCUGUCCCUCUGAGUUCUGGUCCUGCCAAUGUGGACAGUGUGGAGCCCAGAGGUGGUGCUGUAAAUAAUGAUCCUAGGAUACCAGGACCUCAGACUGGUCAGGGGAAGAGGCAGCCUUCCUCUGCUGUGGCCUCAGGAUCACAGCAGGAGAACUUUGUUCCGAGGCGACCCUUAACCCGAUCUUGCACCCGCACGUCCUCUGUGUCGUUAGUCUCAGAGACAGAUCUUUCCAGAGCCAGGCCUCGAAUGGCAGUGAGGAGGAAACGAAUGGCUGACAAAUCAACCAGCACUUCAGACCCUGUCACUGAGGACGACCAUGUGCAGAUUUUGUCUCUGAAGAGCAAGAACCUGGUGGGAAUCACUCUGACCAACUGUGGAAUCACUGAUUUGGUCCUUAAAGACUGCCCCAAAAUGAUGUUCAUUCACGCUACCAGAUGCCGUGUGUUAAAGCACCUGAGAGUAGAAAGUGCCCCCAUAGUAAACAGAUUUGACUACGCUCAGUGUAAGAAGCUAGACAUGGAACAAGUCCUGGAUCAGAUCCUGAGAAUGCCCCCUGAGAGGAAUCGCAUAAUCUACAUGCGUCCUAUGCAUCAGAUUGACUCAGUAGCAUUGGAGCGCCAGCUGUUCCAGGGGCCGUAUCCUUAUCACAUUGCUAUAGUGCACGAAUUCAGCAACCCGCCAAAUAUACGCAACAAAGUUCGCAUUCGCAGUUGGAUGGACACCAUAGCCAACAUCAGCCAAGAGCUAAUAAAGUACGAGUUCUUCCCAGAAGCCACCAGGACAGAAGAGGAUGUGAAAAAGUUUCCCAAAUACCCAUGGGGUCGAGACAUCUACACACUGGAGGGAUUGGUGGAUGGUGCGCCCUACAGCAUGAUAACAGAUUUCCCUUGGCUCAGGACUCUGAGAGCAGCGGAUCCUAACGGCUAUUCCCGCUAUGACUUUGAAGAUGAUGAAAGCACCACCAUCUACGCCCCACGGCGUAAAGGACAGCUGUCAGCUGACAUCUGCAUGGAGACCAUUGGGGAAGAGAUCUCGGAGCGCCGACAGAGCAAAAGAGGAGUGUUUCAGAGAGUAGUGGUCCUCUUCCUUCAUCACUGUGAUACUCCAGGCGAACCCGUGGAUGACGACUACAUCUAGAAACCAAAGACUGUGAACCAGAAGGAUGUCAGCCUUGACACUCGAGCUUCUGACUGAAAACACUUGGUUUUAUUAAAAAAUGAGAAAGUUGGUUACCUGUUGAAAGCUGCAGGUCAGCACUGACAUGCACAUAAUAUUUAAUGACUCUUCAGUAGCGUUACGGAGGAAUACCAGAGUCUAAGGCUGCUCACAAGGGGGCGCUAAUGAGCUGGAACUGGACAGCGAAAUGGUCACGUGGACACAGUGGGGAGAGGGUGAUGAUGAUGUUUCAUUUGGCUCGCAGUGAAGGCUGACUCUUUUUCAAUUCUUUGAAAAAAUACAAGAACAUACCUUUAAUCUUGAGUUUAUUUGGGGGAUUUGAUAAGAUCGAUAUCUCGUGCUGGUUUUCUCUUUUUUAUCAUACACUUAAGGCAAAUCUGAACGUAUGGUAGCUCAUUAAUUCUUAGAGUAAAUAAAAAAGGGUCUAACAUAUAACAUUGUUGAUUUUGUUCCAAAUAAAGGCGUGAGUCCUUCUGCCUUCGCUGACAGCAUUGUCUGCACGACUGGAGUUUUCUGUCACACUGCAGUUAGGAACCGUUCCUGAGUGUCGCUCUGGGUGCUGGAGUGUUUGUCAGGAGUUUGUUUCAUCAGAACACAGAGCUGUUUGUUGCUGAAGGAUAUUUAAAACAACUAUUAAUGGUUGACCGUCAGUCAUCUUUGCAUGCGAGGCCUUUUGAACUGAAAGCUCUUAUGUCAGCGAGCUACAAUAUCACAUCGCCUUCUCGCUCAGCCCGUGUGAUUGAGUGAGAAUAUAGAUAUAUAGCUCUGUAAUCUAUAUUUUAAUGUUGACCUGACGUAUUCACAUUGUACACUCGGAGCUAACAGCUCUGUUGCAGCUGAUCAUUUCUGUUUUGAGCAGUCAGAACCAGAGGGCUUACCACAGCAGCCCGUCUACCUCCAGACUCUCCUAGCAUCCUCCUGCGGCACGUGACUCGGCACAGACAAAGAGUUGUGAAAAGUUGUGUAACAAAAAUGUGCCACUCAGCUUAAAUCAGCACAACAGUGGAUGUUCUCAGGCCCAGCAGAUACAGUCGUUCAUUCAUAAUUCUUUUGCUUUGUGGAUGCUGAACGUGGACUGAACGUGGACUCAGCUGUGGAGUCCAGAGACUCCACAGCUGAGUCUUUGUUAAAGGAUUAAGGUCGUCUGGCCUCGUACGGUAGGGCCGCUUCUGUUUUCCUAGCCUGUGACUCUGCUCCACAGAUCCUUGGUGUGUUUGUGGUCUUUCUGCUGUCUCUUUGUUUCUGUUUGUCUGUGACAUACAGCCCUGUGCUUAAUUUGUUACCAAUAAGAGCCCCGUCCUCUGCUUUCAUCUACUCAGUGAGAGUGAUGAGGCAAAGCAGCAAAAACCCCAAACAUAAAACAACGAGCAUCGUCUCCCUGUGCUGAUGUGGUUCAGUGAGUCAUCUUCCCCUCGUCCUCUGCUGUACAGACUGUUUGUGUUCAGUUCAUCUUUGCUGCAUGUGAACUUUGAACUAACUUACUAAUUUAACCACCAAACAAGUUUGUUUCAUUGUCCAUCCACCUUUCCACGGUCUGCUUCUUAUCCAGUGUUGGGCUGCAGGAGCAGUAGUCUAAACAGAAAACCAGGACCUCCCUCUUCCAGCCACCUCCUCCGGGUCAUCUGGGGAGACGCCAACGUGUUGGCAAGAUGUGUCUUUCAGCUGACUUGGGAAACAGUGUAUCCUAGAUUUUUAUUUUUACUUAUUUUGAACCAGUUGCCCUAAUCACCUCCCGCACCACCCUGAUGAUAUCUACCUAAAAAUAAGCCGGUUUGGUUUGACGUGUAAGUCUGGCCACAUCUUUGGUGCAGAGCUGUCACGUUUCUACUCGAGUUUCAGAGACCAAGUCGUUUCAGUCUCUUGUUCAGUGGUGACACAUUACGUAUUAACACUGUUUUCCAGCUGUGGUGUUCAGUCUUCUGAGAACUGUUGGGCGUCUGUCUCUGACUGAAUCUAAAGUGUAUCUAUAACGACUGGCUGCUCUUUGACUUCUUUCUGAAACUGAUCAAGUUACCACUAAAAUACAUUUAUGAAAUGCAGAAUCAUGAUUCUUGGUGAAAUAUCCAUAUUUACUGUGUUUCUAGUUAUAAAGUUACAGAAAAGCCAGUGGGUAACACAAACCAGAGCUCUGGCAGCUGUGGAGACAUGGCAGGUAUACCUGUAUAUUUCAUCCCAUUUCUGGCUCCGCUAAUCUAAUCUCUUCCUGCUUUGACAAGUCAGAGUACAGCAAGAUUGAGUCUUCCAUCUUUCUAGUGAAUGUGACUCCUCUGCUGCUUUUAGUCAGUGUAAACACAGGGACUGUGUCUCCCACCUCCAUCAAGCCUGCACAACCUCCCGCUGCUCUCGGCUUCUUGUGACAUUGAACAGCGUCGAUCCUGACUCUGAUUCUGCAGCACAGGGACACUCGCUCCAGGUCAGGCCAGGCCGUGAUGGCUGCAUGCUGUACCUUACACUGGAUCUGUCACUAUCCAUGUUUCCUCCUCAUUUGUCUUUUAUCAGGUACAAGGACGACUUUUGUAAUUCUGACCCAUUGAAAAACUGAUACAGAGUCUUUGUUUAUAAAUAAAACAGCCCUUUGGUGUCAUUUUCCUUAAAUUUCCAGG